UCGACUCGGUCUCUAUUGAGGAGAACAGCAGGAGAACAGCUCAGGAUACCCACUAAAGACAAGCAACUAACUUUGGGACCAGAGAAAUUCCCUUAGACCCGAGAGUGCACAGACAGAUUCAUAGAAGACCUGACUCAAGGAAUCUUUUAAAGAAACAACUUUAUCACACUUUUAUUAUACAGACAAGAACAUUUUGCACUACUGGAAGACAACUAAAUAAAAAUAACCAUACCACUAUUUCUAUCAAGGCAGACUUUUUUCUGGAGGGAUUUACCCAAAAGAAUAAGGAUGAAGCUGAUUUGUGGAUGUUAUGGUUUGAUGUUGCUGGUUUUGGGGAUAAUGGGACAGAAGCUGCCCACACGUGACGAAGGCCUCUUUCAGAUGCAGAUCAGGGAUAAAGCUCUGUUUCAUGACUCCUCUGUCAUGCCCGAUGGAGCUGAGAUCAGUGGAUACCUGUUCAGGGACACACCCAAAAGGUACUAUUUUGUGGUGGAGGAAGACAACACUCCUCUGUUAGUGACAGUGACACCAUGCGAUGCUCUUGAGUGGAGACUGACAUUGCAGGAGCUCCCAGAGGAACGCAGUGGAGAAGGAUCAGGUGAGCCAGAACCUCUUGAGCAGCAGAAACAGCAAGUCACGGUCAGUGAAGGUACCGAACUCUUCACCUACAAAGGAAAUGACGUAGAGUCAUUCAUCGCCACCAGCUCUCCUUCAGGCUUGUAUCAGCUAGAAAUCCUCUCCACAGAAAAGGACAGCAACUUCAAGAUCUAUGCUACCACAACUCCUGAGUCCGACCAGCCAUACCCAGAGCUACCUUACGACCCUAGAGUUGACGUCACUGCGCUGGGUCGUACCACUGUCACGUUAGCUUGGAAACCCACCCCUACGGGCUCUAUAAUGGGCCAACCGAUCCAGUACUGUGUGGUUAUUAACAAGGAGCACAACUUCAAGAGUUUGUGUGCGGCAGAAGCAAAAAUGAGCUUGGAUGAUCCAUUCAUUACCGUUCCAAAACCAGGCCGGGACUUCAGCCCCUUUGACUUUGCUCAUUUUGGUUUCAUCCCAUCUGAUAAUGAUUUUAGUAAGGAUCGCUCCCUUACCACCAACCGAGCUCUGAGCAAUAAGAUAAGUCGCACAUACAUCCCUAAGCCCAAGGCUUUAGACAUACAGAAGAUAUGCAUUGGCAACAAGAACAUUUUUACAGUGUCGGACCUAAAGCCUGACACGCAAUACUACUUUGAUGUGUUUGCCAUGAACAUGGGCACCAAUAUGAGCACUGCUUACGUGGGUACCUUUGCCCGCACCACGGAGGAAGCCAAGCAAAAGACUGUGGAACUCAAGGAUGGGAAAGUUUUCAACGUCUUCAUCAAGAGAAAGGCCAGUAAAUUCCUUCGUUUUGCACCAGUGUCCUCUCAUCAGCGUGUCACACUCUUCCUCCAUGCCUGUCUGGAUGCAGUGCAAGUUCAGGUGCGCCGUGAUGGGAAGCUUGUUCUGUCUCAAAACGUUGAGGGUGUUGGUCAGUUCCAACUCCGUGGCAAGCCCAAAGCCAAGUACUUGAUUCGUCUGCGAGGGUCCCGCAAGGGUGCUUCCACUUUGAAAGUGCUUGCCAGCACCCGUGCCGGAGGCAAGCAACCUUUCCCCACCCUACCUGAGGAUACCCGCAUAAAGGCUUUCGAUAAGUUGCGUACCUGCUCCUCCGUCACAGUGGCUUGGCUUGGCAGUCAGGAGCGCAAUAAGUACUGCGUUUACCAACGCGAAGUCUCUGAAAGUUAUGCCGAAGAGCAUCGACGCCGUGAACAGAACCAGUGCGCUGGACCGGAGAGCCGACGCAAGUCCGAGAAGGUGCUUUGCAAAUACUUCCAUAGCGCCAACCUGCAAAAGGCUGUCACCACAGAGACCAUAACAGGCCUCGAAGCGGGAAAGAGUUACCUCCUGGAUGUUUAUGUGGUGGGACACAACGGCCACUCAGUCAAAUACCAGAGUAAACUGGUGAAAACAAGGAAGUACUGUUAAAAAACAGAGAUACUCCGAAGCAUAGACUCUGCACAGAAGUAAAUAUAUUAUAUAUAUAAUGAGAAAAAAAGAAGUUUAUUUAACUCGAAGUGAUAUUCUACUAAGGAGAGUUUUGCAGACUGACUACUCGCGCACAACGCUAAUGCUAACGACGCAUGUGUCGCAAUUUCUGAACUGCCUGUAGAGUGCGAUAUCAACCUCUGUAUUUAUGUUUACAUUACCGAGUCUGGCACUCUCAGGCGACCUUAGGCACCUGAAGGUUUGUUCUCAGGGGGUGCCAUUGCUGUUGCCAUGGAAAUGAGAGUUGAGGAGUCGCAGUUCUCUUUUGGCCACUGCAUGCACCAUUUGUCCGCUGUAUGUCUAAGUUUUUUCUGUUUGUACGGUUUUGUUUUUAAGCCAGCCAUUGCAGAGGUAGCUCAAUGACUCUUUCUCUCCACUCUCCAGCCCUGUCUUCAAAACACAGUUUAGAAGAUUUUUUAAAUUAUUUUAAUUUUUAUUUUUAACUGUUAUUUUUGUUUAUUCACAAUAAUUAUUAGUGAUAAAAAAGUGUUUUAAAUCUAUAUGAAAGUUGACAUUGUUGAAGCGUUUCCCCACUGUCUGUUUGUGUGUAUAACCUCAGUUUGUGAAUCUGGUGUGUGUAAAUGUGUUUCAUCUCUGUGUCUCAUGUACAGAUUUUCUCUGCCAAUAUUCAUGUACAUAAAACACUAAAUAUAGACAUCUGUAAUCCCAGUGGUGCUGUGUUUCUCUGCCAGUAUAACGUGCAAUCUGGACCGUAUCCUUAAUUGAAUGACUGAGGGUGUGUUUUUGUGAUGUUUAUAUCAUCUGAGUCAUAGCCUAGUGCUCUGAAACAUUUAGCUGUGUUCAUAUGGGUGAUGUAAGUUUGAGUCUGGCUUGCAACAUUUACCAAUUAUACCACUCCAUCUUCUACCCAUAAUUCCCUGUCAUAUCUGCAUUAUUACUAUUAAAUAAACUAUUUCAACUGGUCAUUCACACCUCAGUUUUGAAGAAGCUGUGGAAAUUUAGGAGCGAUUUCAUUGUGAAGCCAUUUAAGGCUGUUCACUCAUAAAUAAUGUGAAGAUGCAUUCAUAAACAAAUGGCAUAGCUGUUUCCUUUAAACCAUUCACAACUCUGAACACAUCUGUCACAUUCAGUGAUGUUCUACUUCAGUUUUAAACUUGGAAAAAUAAAAUAUCUUCAAGUAAACUUUUCAUUUAAUAGUAAAAGCUCCAAUGAAUUUCCCCUAAAUAUACAGUAUUAUAUAAAAAA